UGUUGUGCGUGCAAGAUGCAACAAACCGGGCAGUAGAUGAAAGAAAUAUUCGCGUGCCAGGGUGUCUCCUGGGACUCGCGGAAGAACACGCUGUCCGUAGGAUGCCCCGGAACCUCUCCUGCUAUGCAGGCAAAACGCAACAGCUGUUUGAGUCGGCUUAGAAGCAACGUCGCGGACGUGAACAUCGUUCACCGUCGGAUAUCGAGCUGUUUGUCCAUCGUGGACCACUGACCAGGAUCGAUUCAUAACCAUCAACAGCUGUGGGUGAGGGAAUUGGUUGCAAUGUGAUCUACUGGCGAAGGAGGAGGAGAGAGAGAGAGAGAGAGAGAGAGAGAGAGAGAGGGGGAACAUGCCUGCUGAUGUUGCUGUCUCAUUGAGCCUCGCUACCCUCCUGCUGACCACAUGGAACACACUGAUGGUGACAGCCACAGUGCCAGUGGCUCCAGUCAACGUAUCGGUAAGUCAGCUGAGAUCAGACUCCGCCCUCAUCAUCUGGAGUGUACCACAGGGAGACAUUGUCAUCGGAUACGUCAUCUCACAACAGAGGCAGGACGGGCUGAUGCAGCGCUCCAUUCGGGAGGUGAACUCGUCAAGUCGAGCGUGUGUGUUGUGGGACCUGGAUGAAGACACACACUACAGCGUACAGGUCCAGUCCAUAGGUCUUCAGGGAGACAGCCAGCCCAGUCACACUGUCCACUUCAGGACCCUGGAGAAGACUGAUCACUACCCUAUAGGAAGCAUAGACGAUGACCCGACCAUGGAAGGGAUGGAUCUGACACCUAACCUGCAGACUGGAGAACUACUCAUCGUCACCACUGUACUGCUACUCUGGGCCGCGGUAAUAGCUCUGUUCUGUCGUCAGUAUGACAUCAUCAAGGACAAUGACUACAAGGACAAACCCAAACGCCCCUCUGUUCGGACCGAACCAUCUUACUACAGCACCAGCGUCUCGGCUCAGAGCACGCCACUCUACUACAACGGGGGGGUGCAAGGCAGCAAGGACCUCCUCUUCCUCUUCCAUCAUCAGAGUGUGACAGGAUCUCCUCCUCCUCCAUCAUCAGACUGUGACAGAACCUCCUCCUCCUCCUCCUCUUCCAUCAUCAGAGUGUGACAGGAUCUCCUCCUCCUCCUCCAUCAUCAGUCUGUGACAGGAUCUCCUCCUCCUCUUCCUCCAUCAUCAGUCUGUGACAAAGCCUCCUCCUCCUCUUCCUCCAUCAUCAGUCUGUGACAGGAUCUCCUCCUCCUCUUCCUCCAUCAUCAGUCUGUGACAAAGCCUCCUCCUCCUCUUCCUCCAUCAUCAGUCUGUGACAGGACCUCCUCCUCCUCUUCCUCCAUCAUCAGUCUGUGACAGGAC